GUCGACCAGCUUUGCUUCGUCGUUGAUACUGCAUUGGAGGAGCUUCUAGUUCUCUUUGCAGCGAAGACGUCUGGUGAAGAAGAGGGUUCGGGCGACAUAUCCAUUGGAAUUCACUCCCGACGUCUCAAUAUGAAUCUUGGUGGCGUAAUAGUUUUUGGGUUGGAUAUGGCACUCUGCAUUUGCUCCCUGCCCUCGUUCUGUUGCGAUAUACUCUCGAUAACAGAGGCCAGGGCGUCUUAUCUGAACCUGAAAGGAGCGCUUGUCACUUCAGUCGCGGCUGACGGCUAUCAAAAAGUCUCACCUGAGCACAAACGUUUUCUCUCGCGAUAA